AGUGGGUUACGCGCGGCCUGGCGAUUUAGCGUGGAAGACGAUGGCUGCCGCGCUUCAUGUCGUGUGUUUGCUGAUGCUGCCCCUGCUGAGUGAGGCGGCGUACACAUACACGCCUGGCAAACAGCAUAAGGUGCUGCACCUGGACUGGCCCAAAGACUGCGGGAUGGCCUACUUCAAGCCCAACAUGGUCGAGAGGAUCGUGUCAGGCAACGAGGCCAGACCGCACUCCUGGCCCUGGCAGGUCUCUCUGCAGGUUCGCCCCAGAGGCAGCAAACAUCACAUUCACGUGUGUGGAGGAACUCUGAUCCACAAGAACUGGAUCCUCACUGCUGCUCACUGCUUCCAAAAGGGAAAGGCCGAGGACACCGGCUCGUGGAGGAUCGUGGUGGGCAAGCACCGGCUGAGGCGCUCGGAAAUGGCCGAGAGGGUCUUCCCCGUGAAGCGCAUCUACCGGCACGAGAACUUCCGCUACCCGGCGCACAGCGAGCUGGACUACGACAUCGCCCUGGUGAAGGCCGCCGCCGACAUCCUCCCGUCCAACUUCAUCCGCUACGCCUGCCUGCCGCGCAAGCAGACCAACCUCAAGCCGGGACACUACUGCUGGGUGACUGGCUGGGGCGACACCCGGGGCGGCAAGGAAAACGUUUCCCUGGCAGAGGCGCUCAACCAAGCUCGACUCCCCAUCAUCGACUUCAAAACCUGUCGGCAGAAGAAGUUCUGGGGCGACCGCGUGCGAGACUCCAUGAUCUGCGCCGGGUUCAGGGACACUGAGGAUCCGCCUGCCGCCUGUCAGGGGGACUCGGGAGGUCCUCUCCUGUGCCAACUGGGCCGCGAGCGCUGGGAGGUGCACGGCGUGGUGAGCUUCGGCCCCAUCGGCUGCACGGUAGAGAACAAGCCCAGCGUCUUCACCCAGACCGGCACCUACAUCCCCUGGAUCGAGGCCACGCGCAUCCGAGACUUUUUCCUGCACUGACGCCACUUCCACAGCAAUAAAAUGUUUGCUUUUCUUUUUAA